UAAGACUACGAGUCCUCGCCUUGUGGGAGUCACUUCUGUGCAACGUGGCAUGGGGAGCAGUGCGGCCUAGCACCCGGCUCCCGAGAGACGAGGGACAGGAGGUGGCUAUGCCCACCCUCUUGUCAUCCCAAACACACCGAUUGGACGAUGGCGCUUCUCCCCAGGGGUGGAGGGAGGCCAGAGCCAGCUUCCUGGACAUCUGUCCUCAUGGGGGGAAAGCUCAGGCAGAGGUGACGUAAACCUGGGCACGUCCCCCGUCCUUUGCAGUUGGCUUGUUAGUCACACUGGAGGCACACAGCACGGGGCCAUGCUGUAUGAGCUCAGCUCAGCCCCUGUGCCUCCUGGCAUGGCCACUCGUUCCAAAGAACAUCCACCGAGCACCUGUUACACACCAGGGACUCUGCUGGUGGGAAGCUGAAGAACAGUAAGCCCAGGGCAGCCGUGGCGUGAGCAGGCUGGAGUGAGUUCCCCUACGUGCGAAAGUCCAGGUGGGUGGCUGGGGCUGACGGGGUCAGGGACCCAGGCUCCUUUUAGUCUGUUCCCUGUGGUAAUGGCCUCUAUUCCAAAUCCAUCUCAUGGCCCCGGGCAGCUGUGCCAGCUCCAGCCAUCGUGUCUUCAUCCCAGCCAACAGGAAGGAGGAAGGAGGAGGACAUUUCACUCACCGUUCUGCUUACACUCCAUUGGCCAGAACUAAGUCGUGGGGUGCACUUGUGCAAAGGCACCUAGGAAGACGGCCUUGCUCUGGGCAGCCAUGUGCCCCACUAAAAUUCAGGGGUUCUCUCUGAGCAAGAAGGGAGCACCAAUAUUGGGGGACGGCAAGCAGGUUCUGCUUCAAGCCCUGGGAGAAGGGGGGACGGGAAGCUGACCAUGCACGUGGCAGGCCCUUCCAGCCCCCUGAGGGUAGGGCCUGGGCUGGGAGGUGGGCAGAGGGUGAACUUGGAGCUUUAGACCAGACUGGACUCACUUUUUAAAAGAUGAGUGACCAGGGGGCGGGGGAAAAUAAAUAAAAUGUUAAAACAAUAAAUAAAUCGUUUAAAAAAUUUAAAAAAUAAAUAAAAGAUGAGCGACCAGAUAGGUAAAGCAUCUACGUGAGAGAUCACAGAGGAAGUUGGGUGCUGUAACCGCACAUGGGUGAAGGCCAUUGUGAUGCUGAACUGCGUACCCCCAAAUUCACAUAUUACAGCCCUCAACCCAGGGCCUCAGAAUACGACUGCAUUUGGAGCUUGGGCUCCUGAAGAGGCGAUUAAGGUAAAAUGAGAGUGAACCCUGAUCCAGCCUUACUGGUGUGUUUAUGAGAGAUUAGGACACAGACAGGUACAGAGUAAAGGCCAUGUGGGGACACAGAGAUCAGACGCCGUCUGCAGGCCCAGGAGAGAGGCCUCGGGAGGAACCCCCCCUGCCCAUUCAGGGAUCUCAGGGUCCAGCCUCCAGGAUGCAGGACGAUAAAGCCCCAUUGUGUGAGCCGCCCCAGCGACCUCACGCAGCGCUACUGGAUAAAGUAACCCAUCGGUGUGCGGCCCCUGGAGUCCCAGGCUAUGGGCACUUGGGGCACACGGUUCUGAGGGAAGCUCGGGCUGGGGGUGCAGAUGGGGGGCUGACCCCUCCUGGAGUGACAUAUAAAGCUAGACACAGGAUUCCCCAGGGAAGUGGAGGCAGAGCAGGGCGGCGCCAGGCAGUGGACGAAGCUCAGGGAAGGAUACGGUAGUGAGCGCCGAGGCUGGCGGUCUCAUGAGCCAGGUCACCCAGGGCGUGCAGUGUGAACUUGGAGGGGGGCGCAGCAUGGGGAGCCUGUAAGGCAGUGAAGGGUCGGGAGUUGUAGGCGGCUCGGUAAAGGGGAUGGUAGGGUGUAGGGGGGCCGGCGUGGGGUGCACUGCCAAACCACAAGUCACUUCCCUGUGGAAGAAGGGUCCCCAGCCCAGUCAGUGAUCCUGAGCACAGCGGCCAUAAGACUCAAGUGUCCUGGGACAACCCCAGGCUGGCUUGAGGCAGAGUGGUGGCAGAGCAGACCAGGAAUUCCAGGGUUCCCUGGGCUUCGAGAACCUUGGCCCCCAUCACAAAGGGCCCAGGUUCCGGGGACAAUCUCAAGUGUAGCUCUGCUGAGCAGGCCCAGCACAGGGUGUGCAGGGGUGCCGAGGGCCACCAUGAAAACACGGAGUGAGGCAGAACUGGACGAGCAGAUCCAGGAGCUGAAGACCAUCACCCGGCUCCAGGAGCAAUGCCGGGCGCUGCAGAUCCAGGCGGUGAAGGAGAAGACGGUGAAGAACAAGGCGACGCUGGCUCACCUGCGCAGCAACAUCCGCCAAGGGGCCCAAGACUGGGCUCUGGCCAAGAAGUACGACCAGCGGACCAUCGCCAAGGCCUGCGGGAAGGAUGUCCCCAUGAGGCUGGCGCACUCCCGCUGCACCAUGGAGGUGGCGCGGGAGAAGCUGCGCAAGUACGUCUUCGAUCGCGUGAACGUGCACAACGUGCUGACCCACCUGGUGCGGCGGCGCGGGAAGCAGUUGGAGAGCAUGCAGCAGGAGCUGGCCAGCCUGCAGAACCAGCCCGAGGCCACCAAGGAGGAGCAGCGCUUGCUGCAGGUCAUUCGCCAGCUGGAGAACAACAUCGAAAAGACCAUGAUGAAGAUCACUACGAGCCAGAACAUCCACUUGCUGUACGUGGACCUGCUGGAUUAUCUGAAGAAAGAGCUGGCAGGAUACCCCACAGAGCUGGACAAGCUGCAGAAUCUCGUGGUGGACUACUGCUCGGAACUGUCGGAUAUGACAGUCAUGUCCCAAGACGCCAUGAUGAUUACAGAUGAGGUCAAGAUGAGCAUGAGGCAGAAGGAGGCCUCCUUCAUCCAGGAACGCCGGGCGCGGGAGAACCGGCUCAACCAGCAGAAGAAGCUGAUUGACAAGAUCCACACCAAGGAGACCAGCGAGAAGUACCGCCGGGGCCACAGGGACUCAGACUUUCCUUCCAAUCUGAUAAGCACAGAGACCCCGAAAGUGAGGAGAAGAGAUAACUCCCAGAUCGAUAUCGAAUACCAGACGUACCUGAUCGCCUUGGUGGAGAAAAUCAAGACCGCCGUGCACUGCUCCCACCUCUGGGACAUCGCAGGCCGGUUCCUGGCUCAGAGGAACACGGAGGACAACCUGGAGCUGCAGAUGGAGGACUGCGAGGAGCGGCGGACUGCGCUGGAGGCUCUGAUGGGCAAGCUGGAGGCCGAGGAGGCGCUCCUCAAGUUCCACCAGACCCCCAGCUCCGUCAGCUUUAAGUCCAUCCAGGAGAAAAUGAAGAACAUGCUGAACGAGGAGGAAAAGAGGCUGCAGCUGGCCUACGGCAACAUGACCAAGAGCCAGAAGCUGCUGCUCACCCUCCAGAUGGGCAUCGACAACCUGUACCUCCGGCUGGUGGGCAUACCCCUGCCCAGGGCCCAGCAGGAAGCUGCGCCCUCCAGCAGGCUGGACACGCAGAGCAAGCUGGCCUACUGCGAGGGGAAGCUGCUGUACCUGGCUGACAGAGUGCGGGAUCUGUCCAGGACCGAGGAGGUAGCCCCGGGCCAGGAGGGCGGAGGGCGCCCACUUUGUCUCACUUCGUCUCGCUUCCUCUUAGAGCUGACAGCCUCCCACACCGCGCAGGUCAACACGAAGGUGAGAGACGCCCUGGAGUCUUCCACUCUGAAGGAGAAGCAGAACACCAGGAUCAACUUCGAGGACUUGGAGGAUGACAUGAUAGAAACCUUCCAGUUCGCUGACGUGGACCACAGCUACGUCCCAUCGCGGGCCGAGAUCAAGAAGCAGGGCCAGCGGCUGAUCGAGGGGAAGCUCAAGAUGACUAAGAAGAAGAAGAAGUGACCCCCCCGAAGGAGGAAACCCCUGCCCUUCCCCCCAGCCCCCACCCCCGUGUCCGCACUUUAAAUAAACAUUUUUCCAGGACUGCUGGGAGCACGGGGAUGGAGGACAGGAGUCUGAGGAAAUGAACUUGGGGGGACGGAGAUGUGGGGGAUCACGAUAGGAAGACUGCGGGAAAUGCGGUGUUCGCUGUAGAUCUGAGGCCCCGGAGUCGAGGGGUGAGGGCGAGAAAACGGGUCGGAGCCGACACGCGAACAAAGACACGAGCACCUGCAGCUCCGUGCGGCCCGUCGCACUCCUGU